AUGAAUGACCUUAUGAUCAUCGUCAUAUUCCAGUCAUAUGCCUAUGGUGCUGAUUGGUCCUAUGAUGAUCAAUCUUCCUGGCCUGGUAUAUGUACCAAUGGUACAUCCCAAUCACCGAUAUCUAUUCAGACUGCCGCUGUUAUCGAUCAGUCAGUCAUGAUGAAUGAUCUUCAAAUUACCUACGAUUUUGCUACUUUGAGUAUUUCUGAUUAUCGUAUCAAUGUGAUAGUCGAUGAAGAUGACGAUGAGAAGCGAUGCAAAAUUGGUAACGUCCGCGGGUAUGAAAACGACACCUUCAUUUUGAGCGAAUUUCAUGCUCAUUGGGGAUUGACGGACGAGUACGGCAGUGAACAUCUGUUCGAGGGUGUCGCCUCUCCGAUGGAGCUUCACUUCGUCCAUUACAACGAGAAGUAUGGGAGUGUUGAUGACGCUAAAGGGAAGGCCGGUGGUUUGGCUGUGAUUGGAGUCCUUUUUGGUAUUGGUGAAGCCAAUGAGGAGUUUGAGAAGAUCCUCGAUGCCAUCAAAAUGACACUAUUCAUCCCAUCGUAG